GUUCCCUGGAGACGCUGUCGGAAUGGAUCCGUAAUCCGGGCGGAUUUCGGUGCGGUUUCGGCGGAAAACCGGUGAAACCGACCGGAUUUCGCCUCGGCUCCGGGAACUAAGGACAAUGCCAGACCUAGUGUGGGAGCAUGGCCAAAAGAUCAGGGGUGGUUUCAAAUGCAAGUAUUGCAGGGAGGAGAAGAGUGGGGGAGGAGCAACAAGGUUCAAAGAGCAUUUGGCACAUAGGGGGAAAGAUGUGAAGGACUGCCCUUCGGUUCCAGCCGAAGUUAAGGCCUUCUUUAGUGAGCAGUUGGACAGGAACAAGGCUAGAGCUAAAGCAAGGGCCCAAGAAAAGCUGCUGAGGGACCAAUCUGCAAGGGGGCCGCACAUUGAUCUAGAGAAAGAGGAAGGCCAGGGGCUCGACGAGGAUGCAGAACUACAAGCGGCCUUACACCAGUCCCGCCAAGAGUAUGAAUUUAUGCAGCAAGCUGGGCCACGAUAUGAUAGGGGUGGCGGAUCGGGUGGUGGUGUUGGAGGCAGUGGUGGACCGCUGCCUUCGAUGUUCAGAAGGAGCCAGUCACAAGUCCCCGAGAGGGUUAGGGACUACCAUCUAGGGUUGAGCAGUGGUCCACGGCAGCAAAGGAUUGAUACCGGCCCAUGGACUGUCAAGGGGAGGACAUCAAGAGAGCUUCUAGGGAGGGCAUGGGCGAAGGCAUGCCAUGCUGUCGGUAUUCCCGGCCGGAAAGUCGAUGACCCAUACUUUAAAGCUGCGAUCGUGGAGACCCAGAAACAAGGUAACAAUGUAUAUUUUGAGCUACAUUACAUAUCCUUCAUUGUGAUCUUAAUGCUUUCUCUUCUAUGACCGCAGGUGUUGGAAUCA